CCAACAUCGUUCGACGCGCUACUCGUCGGCCGGCAUUUCCCGUAUCAAAGUUAUCCCAUAGCCACGAAAUUUAUAAACUGUUAAAUAAAUCGACGGGGAUAUAAAUGAUUAUUUGCGGUUAUAUUAAAUUUUAGACAAAUCUCUACUACAAGUACGUUACACUUAACACAGAAAACGUAGAGCAAAAAAAUAUGUUUCAUUUUAUAACUGAAAGGGUGUGAGAAAGUUUAAUAAUAAGUAGUGAUAAAAUACAAUGUUGUAACUUGUAUUAAAAUUACAUGACGGAAAUGUGAAUUUUAUAUCGUAUGAUCAAUAUAAAGUUGGAUCUUACAAUUUGAGACGAGUUUUUCAGCGUGUGUGCGUUGUAACUUUUGUGAAAGAACAAAACCUCUCGACCUACAUUAAGAUAUGGCAUGAUGUGGUUCUUUUAACUACUCGUACCUUUGCAGUGAGCGACUGAAGUGCCGAAAGGCAUUGGCAAUCUAUGAUGCUGGACGAGUUGGGUCCAACAGUAGGCACCAACUGGACAACGACUUACACCGACUUGCCGAACUACUACGUCACUUUCUACGAUGAGGCCAACAACAAAUAUGUUAACACUACGAGAAAUAUUACAGAGGUAUACCAGUCGUUCAUCUUGCCAUGGUGGCGUCAGGUGCUAUGGACGGUGCUGUUUGCAGGCAUGGUGGUGGUGGCCACCGUGGGCAACCUCGUCGUCAUAUGGAUAGUUCUUGCCAAUAAGAGGAUGAGAAGCGUUACUAAUUACUUCUUGGUGAACCUGUCAGUUGCCGACGCAAUGGUGUCAACUCUGAACGUCACCUUCAACUUCACCUACAUGCUGUACUCAGACUGGCCGUUUGGUCAUUUCUACUGCAAGUUCUGCCAGUUCAUCGCAGUGCUCAGCAUAUCCGCUUCUGUAUUUACUCUCAUGGCUAUCAGUAUAGACAGGUACGUGGCCAUAAUGAGUCCCCUCCAGCCACGCCUCGGCAAGAGAGCCACAUUGGGGAUCGCUGCAGCCAUCUGGGCGGGCAGCUGCAUCAUCAGCAGUCCUAACCUCAUCUACUUCACCACUGAAGUGGACUUGUUACCCGAUGGCACGACCAGACGCGUAUGUUUUCCUGACUGGCCAGAUGGUAUCACCACGGAGUCACAGCUCGAAUACAUAUACAACGUAACUUUCAUGGUUUUGACAUACUUCCUGCCGAUAAUUUCGAUGACCUACACCUACGCUAAGGUUGGUGUGGAACUGUGGGGGUCAAAAUCUAUUGGAGAGUGCACGCAACGGCAACUGGAUAACGUCAAGAGUAAACGGAGGGUGGUCAAGAUGAUGAUAGUCGUGGUGUCAAUUUUCGCGGUGUGCUGGCUCCCUUUCCACGUCUACUUCGUGGUGACCUCGUACUACCCCAGCGUGGUGAACUACCCGUACAUACAAGAGAUCUACCUCGCCAUCUACUGGCUUGCCAUGAGCAACUCCAUGUACAACCCUAUCAUUUACUGUUGGAUGAACUCCAAGUUCCGAAGAGGGUUCAAGCAGUUCUUCUGGUGCUGCGGUGCAAUGGAUCCCGGUCUCAGACGGCAUCGUGGCUUCGGACCCGAUCGCCUCGAUCGUUCGAUGCGCUCACUCUCCCCUACCAGGAAGAAUGGAACUAGUUUAUUCAAGACCACGAUCAAAACCACAAAAUUCACCAAAAAUCCACCCGGCUCUCCUCAUUUGCUACACGCAAAUAAAAUACACAAGUAGGAGAAGCGCGGAGGCCAAUCCUGACUAUUUUGGUACGAUACGCAUAUCGUUGCAUAGCACGUACAAUAAUCCGCUGAUGGCCAGCACCUGACAUCGGCGAGGGGCGUCCGGUGCCCACAACAGUCGCGGUGCAAAUGACGCAGCGGCACAAGGCGAAGAGCGCACGUGGAUUUGACGCGAGAACCGCCCGCGCCCCGCUCUUACCCCUCAAGACCUUUACGGUUGAAAGGACUUCUGAUUCGUGAGUUCCGUGACCAAUCAGAGUUUACGCUGCAAAAUUCGAACGUUAUUUUUAAAUGUUGAAAACACUCUUGAAACAUGUUUAAUGUGCUGCCUGGUGAUUAAAGUGUUUAGUUUAAAGUGUGUAAUUACUAAUUACGUGUCAAUACAUAAUCAUAUCUCCUAGUGUUUAUUUCAAUGGACCAAUGUUAUACAAUAUGGUAGUUUUGAAUUAAAGAUUAAUAUUGGAUAAUUUUAUGAAAGUAAAAGACGACCACAAGAUCCGCAUAAGGCACACGCAACGCAGGUUCUGUUUUCACUUCGAUGCGAUUGUUGCAGCUGACAUGAAUUCUCAGUAUUGAGCGCUCAUUAGGUUGGUCUCUCUUAGUUACGCGACCAUGUGAAAUAUCCAAUAGAAAGAGAGGCCUUUGUUUUUUAGAUUGCAGCGAACUGAGCGAGAUGAACAAGCUAAAUUGCACUUUAUUGCGUGUUAAUAAGAGUCGCUAUUUACUUAAACGUCUCCGCGAUGUCAGACUUCUCUACCUGUAAUGUAAGGUAUUAUUAAGUAUUCUGUGGUUGCGUGCCCUUUUUGCGGGUGUUGCGUGCCGUGUCUUGGUAUGCGAUCACCUUAAUUCAGAGGAAUUUUAACCGAAUAAUUUCUUUAGUAAUUAUGAUCUACGUCCGCAUUAAAGAUUCCUACAAAAUGAGAAAAUUCCUUCGAGACCCAGGCCUCAGGGUAUAGCAUUUAUUACGCGAUAGUAAUAAAGCUUUAUGACCCUGAUAAAUGAAAUCAUAGGUAGUUCAGAUAGAAGAUUAAUCUGGUCGAAGCUCGGGUUUCUUGAAAGAAUAUAUUUUUGUACUUUUAUUAGGGUUCCGUAUCCAAAGGGUGUCAACGGGUGCCUAUUACUUCGCUUGCUAUCCGUCUGUCUGCCAGCGGGCUCUAAGUAUAUGAACCGU